AUGGAUGAUAUCAAAACAAUGAUUAUUUAAUAGGCUUAAUAAAAAGUUAAUUAUUAUCAAAAACUCAAUCAAGAUAGUUCCUUUAAUCUCAAUAAUAUUUUAUAAAUAACAAGAGAUACAUGUAAUUAAAUCAUAUAAACUAAUAAAAUAUUAAAAUCUAAAUUUUCAGAUUAUCCUUGUUUGAGCAUACAAAAUGCUAUUUGUUAUUAUGAAUCUGAAAUUACUAAUAAUUAUUAUGAAGCUAGAAAAGUAAGUAAUUAAACUUCUAUGUCUGAUGAAAAAUUUUUAAUGUUUAAUUCAAGUUUGAUUAGUAAUAAAGAUAAGAUUGGUUAUCUUCUAAUCGAAAUCUCAAAUGAUUUUUAAUAAACAGAGAUUAAAUUUGCUUCUAAUUAAUUUUAAAAAUUAUUUGAAAGAAAAAACUAUGACUAAAAAUUACAAUUAGAUGAUCUAUUACCUAAAUUUCUUAUUAAAUAACAUCCUACUUUUAUUUAGAAUUUUUUAACAACAGGACAUUCAAAAUUUUUCUAAAAUUUUCAGUUAAAUUUUUUAAAUACAAAUGAUGGAUUAAUAAAAGGAGUAGGAAUGUGUUAUGAUUUAACUAAAAUAGAGAAAUAAUAAGAUUAAUUGAUUUUUGCAGUUUUCUUUUAAGAAUUAUCUGACUCUAAAGCAUAUGUUUUGGUUGAUGGAAUUACAAAGUAUAGUUAUUUUAGUGAAUGUUUUUUGAAAAAAUUGGGGUUUCAAGAACAUGAGAUUAAAUUUAUUAAAUCUUCAAAUAUCUUAUCAAAUUUAUCAAUUUCAUAUUUAUUACCUGAUUAUGAUACAUUAAUUGAUAUAAAUGAAUAAGAAAUUAGAUUACAAGGAGUUGAUUUAUAUUUUGCUAAUAUCUUUAGAUUAUUUAGUACAAUAUUUACAGAAAAGAAAGUUUAAAAUUCUUAGAACACAUUUACAAAAAUUGCUUGGCAUAGAAAAGAUAAAUUAUUUAAAUAUAGUGUCAAUUUAUAAAUAACAAGAAGAUAGUUUAAUGAAUUAUAUUACAUAAUAAUUGAAAUAUUAUCAAUAGAAGCAAAUUCAUAAACUAAUAUAAUUGAUUCAAUAAAUCGAAUUGAAUGCCAAAAUUAUUUAUAGAAAAAUGAAUGUUCAAUAAGUGAAGAAUCUGAAAGUUAUUCUUCUGGUUAAAUCAACCUUUAAUAUUAAGAUGUACCAAAUAAAGUUGAAAUAUUUCAAGGAUUAAAAAAUGAAUUUAUUUUGUCUCAUCAUUAAUUAGAUUCAUUAAGUUAACCAAGAAUUACAAUAUGUGAACCAGGAAGGAUUGUAACACCUAAUGAAAGUUCAUCUGAUACAAAAAGAAAGUUUCAUUCAAGGAAUCAACAACAAUUUUAUUCACAAAAGCUAUCCUAAGCAGAUAUUUAAGCUUUAAUUUCAGAAAAAAAAUUAGAUAUACCUUAUGAUGAUGAAUAGCAAUAACAAUUAAAAAUGGAUUAAUUAUCUGAUAAGUCUUCUAUAGAAGAUGAAUAAAAAAAGAAAUUCAUGAAAAAAUUUGAACUUGUUUAAAAAUUAAUGGUUUACAAAAGACCAUUAAAACUUAUUGAAAUUUUAUCUCUUCUAACACUUUAGAAUAUAAUCUUUACAAUAUUUUCUUUAAUUGCUAUAACUGUGAUGUUUAAUGACUUAUCUUAAGUUCUUAAAGAAAUUGAUACAAUAUCAUUACAUUCAAGUAUAAUGGUUAAACAUGACAUAUUCUUUUCAAUUAGAGCUACCAUUAAAAUUUAUUAGGAAUAUUAAAAAAAAAAAGUCCUUUUAAAUGUAACAAAUCUAAUAUCACCUUUCUAUAAUAAUUUAGCUGAAUCUUAUUUAGAUUAUUAAAAUGAUUUAUAUAAUCAGUUUUAGAAUUUAAAUUUAUAACCUUAUCUUGACGAUUAUUAUUUAAUUAUUUACUAAUUAGAAUCCCUAAGUAAUUAAUAAUUGUAGGAAAAGAAUGUAACUGUAAGAGAAGCAUUAAUGAUUAAUCUCUAAUAUGAAUUUGCUGUUUUGGAUGCUUUUCUAAAUUAAAAAGAUAUUUCUAAUUCAACCUUUCAAGUAUUUUUAUUUACAAAUUUUGUGAAAUUACAUUAAUAUUUGGAAGAUCUAACUAAAAAUUUACUUUCUGAAUCAACAAACAGAAGUCUUAGUGUUGCCAGUAAAUGGAUGGUUAUUUGGAUCUUUUUUUAAAUUGGAGCAUUAGUUUUAGCAAUUUUUAAUUUUUAUUGCUAUUAUAAUUAUAUUACAUUUUAUGAUAAGUUUUUAUUAGCUCUAAAAUUUAUUGACUCAGAAUUGAUAGCUCAAGAAAUUGAGCGAUACAAAGAAAUGAUAAAAAAACUAAAGGAUAAUAGUAGACAUGUAUUUGAAUACAAAAUUGAUUUGGAUUAAAUUUAAUAAUCUAAAACUAAUAAACGAUAAUUAUCAAUUAAAAACAAAGAAAUCAUCAAUAAAAAAGUCAUAAAAUUACGAAGAUUUUCAUCAUUUAUGUUAAUAUUUGUUUUGAAUUUAAUUUUUGGAGGUUACUCUGCCAUAAUUAAUUAAAGAACAUAAAUAUAUUUAAAUAAAUACGAAAAAACAGCAAAUUUAUUCAAACUCUUUUAGGAUUUAAGUUUAAGUGGAGGAAAUUGCUUUUUAUAUAAAGAAAUAUUACUUGGUUUUAAUAAUUAUACUUUUUAUUUUUAAGAAGAUAGAGGAAAUAUGUAUAAGAUGCUAUACAAUUCUUUAGAUUCUAUUUAGUAAUAUUUAAACUUAAGUAAUACUUUAGAUUUUAACACUUAUCUUGCUACAGAUUCUUUUAUUAUUCUUUUCAAUGAUUUAAAAACUAAUUCCUUAUGCUAAUAUUUUACUCAAGUAUGUAAAAAAUUAUGAUAUAGGAAUAUUUAUAUCCAUAUUGCUAAUUAUCAUUUGAUGGUGUUCUAUCUUCAGGGUUAGUUUCAUCCUUAAAUUACAUAUAAAAUACUAUCAAAACUUAAUAAGCCAUCAACAACUUUACGUUUAAAACAGACUAUAACUUAUAUGAAUAAGAAGGAAGUUAAAUAAUAACAAGAGCUUUCUUGAAUAUGUCUUUAACUUUUAAAGAAGAUUUAACAUCACUGACAUAAAAUUAAACUGACUUAGCAUAUGUAUUUAUUCUUAUUCUUAUUUAGAAUUUAUCUAUUGCAUUUUUCAUAUACUCAUUCAUUGUCACAUUUUGUUUAUUAUUUUAUCUAAAGUAUCAUUUAACUAAUGAAUACUAUAUAAUUAGAAGAAUUAUAAGCUUAAUUCCAAUUAAUGUUUUAAUGUUUGAUGAGACACUAGACAGAUAUUUAAGGGAGAUUGCCUUGCACCAAGAAUUAUUGUGA